AUGCUUUCAGGGGACAUACCUCCAAAUCAAACCAUUUACGUUAAGAAUCUCAAUGAAAAGGUCAAGAAAGAUGAGUUGAAGAGAUCUCUGUACUGCUUAUUCUCUCAAUAUGGAAGGAUUUUGGAUAUUAUUGCUCUAAAGACACCUAAGCUUCGAGGACAGGCAUGGGUUUGUUUUAGUGAAGUAACUGCUGCCAGUAACGCAGUGCGACAGAUGCAAAAUUUCCCAUUUUAUGAAAAACCCAUGAGAAUUCAAUAUGCAAAAACAAAGUCAGAUUGUAUUGCUAAAGAAGAGGGAAGUUUUGUUCCAAGGGAAAAGAAAAAGAAACAAGAGGAGAAAGCUGAGAAAAAGAGGUACACUGAGGAACCAAAACCAUCUUCUGUGCCAAAUGGAACACACGGUGCAAGUAAUGGUGGUCCAACACCCUCAUUCCGUCCAGGGUCUAAUUCCCAAGAAGCAGCUGCUCCUAACAAUAUUUUGUUCAUAGAGAACUUACCUUACGAAACUACCGGUAGAAUGCUUGAAAUGCUCUUCGAACAAUACCCCGGGUUUAAAGAAGUGCGCUUGAUUGAUGCAAAGCCAGGUAUCGCAUUUGUAGAUUUUGAAGAUGACAUACAAUCAUCCAUGGCAAUGCAGGCUCUUCAAGGCUUCAAAAUCACACCUCAAAAUCCCAUGGUUAUAAACUUUGCUAAGAAGUAA